CGCACUUGUAACCGCGUCGCGUGUGAUCACAACAUAUUAUUAUCUUGUGAGUCCGAUACAAGUAUAAUAAACUAAAGGUCCAAAGGUCCUGGUAUAUAACGAAUCGUCGAGCUUACCGAAACGUCCAUCUAUUUUAUUUYAUUAUAUUUUAUAUAGAUUCACUUAUUUGGAAAUCUACCGUCUGAAAAUACGCGUGCGAGAAAAGUGCAUUUUUAUUGUUAAUUAUUACUUAUUAAACAUUAUUACUGUCAUAAUAAAUAUUAUUACAUACUAUAAUAUCAUAAUCACAGUCAUUGUUGUACGUUUAAUAUAAAUUACGUAUUACUAAUAUAACAGUAUCGCCUUACCUUCACAUCAAUAUUUUGCAUUUAACAAGCAUCGUCCAAUAUGGCGUUAGCGACUUACAGUACGGCCACAGUGUUUCUUGUGUGGUCGUUGUGCUUUUCGAGCACGCAGUGCGCUGAAAACCAUGAGAAAGUCGGAAUUUGUACGUUUAUUGUACAUUCUGUGUGUCCCGACCCUUUGAUAAAUUUGUACUUGUACACCAGGAUGUUCACUGACUGGCAAAACGGUAGCAGUCCACAUGCUGGGAGGAGGUUUGUCAACGUUGAAGAUGGUGAGGUUACUAAUGCGGAUACCAACCAUAUCUUCUUGACAUUUGAUCAAAUUGCGACUGAUAGCAGUGCAUUUUUGAGCCAAACAUUUGAUGAUAAGGUGGUGGUUGGUGAAGUGCAUGUGUUUUAUUCUAACUGGGCUGCUCAAUGGUCAUAUAGGCGAUAUCUGUGA